UUUUUAAUUUAUCAAGUUAAUAAUAUCAAAUCAAAUAAUCAGAUCAAUCUAUGCAUAGUGAAAAAAAAAAUCCCAUUCACCUAAAUAUUUUUCUUACAUCUAAAAAAAACUUGAUAUAAUCCGUUAGUCAAGGCGGGCAAUAAUCUAGUGCAAACCUAUAUGAGAAACCCAAUUAAUGUAGAACCUCUACAAGAUUAACAAAUCAAUUAGAGACAGAUAAUUGAUACAUACAGAAGUUAAAAUAAAAAAUAAAAAAAUUGGAAACCCUCAAACGGGGUAAUUAAAGUAAGUACUUGUUUGUUUUUAUAAUAAAACCAUGAAAAUUAUAAGGAUAUGAUGAGGACAUUAAAACAAUUAAAAUAUAUAUUUUAAAACAAAAACAAUUCAUUUUUUUCACAAUCAUUUAAAAAAAAAACAAACAAACAUGCUCUAAUUAAUAUACAAUGCUGGAGGCCUUGGGGGCUUCGGCUUUUAGGUUCUUCAUUGGAUCGACUUUUAGGUUCGGCUGGGCUAAUUUUUUUCACUGAAAAAAAAAAAUACUAAGACGAGCGUAAGUGUUUUUAAGAAAAAAAUCUCGGAGGAACUCGUAUAUUUGAAAACAAAUUAUUUUGGUUUUGAAACUUGUUGGGGAUGGAUCAGCCACGGUAUCAGCAUUGCAGGUGGAUUGGUGCAGGAGCUUUUGGUAAGGUGUACCAGGCUAUCGACACCAAAAUCAACUGCGUUGUAGCUUUGAAGCUUACAGAGCUUGAAGGUGAUGGUAAUGAUGGAGGUGUACCGGCUGUGUCACUCAGAGAGAUGUCCGUCCUGAAGGAGAUGGACCAUGAAAACAUUAUUAAGUUGUUGGAUGUGGUGCACCAAGAUGGCAAGAGAUUGACUCUAGUUUUUGAAUUUAUGGAUGGAGAUUUGCUCGAAUUUAUGAAAGCACAUCCAGAUCGUUUCAGUGAUUCAAAUCUAAUCAAAAGACUCCUUGGUCAAAUUCUCUCUGCUGUUGAUCAUUGUCAUUCUCGAAGGGUUUUCCAUCGAGAUUUGAAACCAGCAAAUUUGCUAGUAAAUCAGAAAAAUUACACACUGAAAGUUGCUGAUUUCGGAUUGGCUAAAGCAUUCAGCAUUCCACAAAAAAAAUGCACGCCUCAGUGCAUAACGCUUGCGUACAGAGCACCAGAAGUAUUGCUGGGAUCAACAGAACAUUAUGUUGCUGCUGAUAUGUGGUCGGUAGGAUGCAUAUUUGCUGAGAUGGUGAAUCAGGAGCGAUUGUUUGAUACCGUGAAUUUGAAGAGGGAUCCUGAUAGAGAUUUUAAGAAGGAGCAAUUGAGCUUAAUUUUCAGUAUACUGGGUACUCCAGAGCAGGAUUCGUUUAUUGGAAUCACUUUUCCUGAUUGUCUAUCUAACUUCCCAGAGCAUCAGCCUCCGGAACUGAGAGUUGUUGUUCCAACACUUGGAUCAACUGGAAUCGACCUUCUUUCGAAAAUGCUAUGCUUGGAUCCUGAAAGAAGAAUAACCGCUGCUGCUGCGCUUCGUCAUGAGUACUUCCGGGAUAUUGCAGGGCAUUAAGAAUUGCAAAUUGAAUUAACUGGACUAGUAAUUUUUCACUCUUAUCUUCUCUAGUUUGAAUGUUGGAAAACUUGUUCUUCGUGCAUGUGUUGUGUGUGAUACAGUAUGUAGGUGAAUGAGGGGAUGGAUUUUGAUCUCAGAGUUCAGUAGUCAAUUGUGUUUCAUGUCCAAGGAUAGUCAUAGUAUGAAAUAUAAAAAUACAAGUCAGCUUGUUCCCGGCUA